ACUGAGAGAGAAAGAGAGAAUAGUCUUUGAAUUUCAAGCAACAAAAACCAGAGAGUGAGUGAGUGAGUGAGAAAUGGAGAUUAACAACAUUGACAUGAAGCUCUCAAAGUUCAGGAGGAUUUGUGUGUUCUGUGGGAGUAGCCAAGGCAAGAAGACUAGCUACCAAGAUGCUGCCACUGAGCUUGGGAAAGAGCUGGUUUCAAGGAACAUUGAUCUGGUCUAUGGAGGAGGCAGCAUAGGCCUAAUGGGUUUGGUUUCUCAAGCUGUUCAUGAUGGUGGUCGGCAUGUCAUUGGAGUUAUUCCCAAGACGCUCAUGCCUCGAGAGUUAACUGGUGUAACUCCGGGGGAAGUGAAGGCAGUUGCAGGUAUGCAUCAAAGGAAGGCAGAGAUGGCUAAGCAUUCAGACGCCUUUAUUGCAUUGCCUGGUGGUUAUGGAACUCUUGAAGAGUUACUGGAAGUGAUAGCUUGGGCUCAGCUGGGAAUUCAUGACAAACCGGUUGGAUUGUUGAAUGUUGAUGGAUACUACAAUUCGUUGCUAUCAUUCAUUGAUAGUGCUGUGGAAGAAGGAUUCAUUAGCCCAGAUGCACGCCAUAUUAUUAUAUCAGCACCAACAGCAAUGGAGUUGGUGAAGAAAUUAGAGGAUUAUGUUCCCUGCCAUGAAAGAGUUGCUUCAAAGUCGAACUGGGAGAUGGCACAGCUUGGCAACACUCAAGAAUUCGGGAUUUCUAGGUGAAAGGGGAUUUGUAGCAUUGAAGCAAGAUGCCUGUGGGAAUUUCAGAA